AGCAAUCUCAGCAUACAUGCGCUGUCUGUCACAUUUCCUUUACAGUGACAUAAAUAUAAACACCUUACAAGUAAUAUUAAUGACGACCUAAAAUGCAAUAUUUUACCUUUACUUUAAAUCUUUUCUAAAGAAUUCAGUUAGCUUACGUCCUAAGGCGAGCUUUAAGAUGGAACCUUCUAUUAAUUCUUCUGCUACAGAUGGAGAUGGUUCUCAGAUCAAUGUUAGCACUAAAAAAAGACUAGAUGAUAAAACUCCAUUGUUGAGAAAUGUGAGGCUUCUAUGCAGCUUCAACGAAAGUAGCUGUGAAUCGCAAACAUCCAUUGCUAGUACUAAUGUCAGUAAUACUGGUGGUGGUACUGUCAGAAGUCUUACGACUUUUUCUGGAGUAUUUGUUCCUGUGUCACUAUCUAUGUUUAGUGCAGUGCUAUUUUUGAGAGUUGGUUUUAUAGUUGGUCAUGCUGGAUUAUUAGAGACAUUAGGUUCAACUGUUUUAUCAUAUGUGAUUUUACUAUCAACUGUCUUGUCUAUUUGUGCUAUUUCUACAAACGGAGCGGUAGAAGGUGGUGGAGCUUACUGUAUCCUUGUGUUUUACUUAUUAGUAUCAUUGUGUAACUUAUAUAUUAAUUUUCAUCGGUACAUAAAUUUUUAUAAACAAAAAAAAAAAUCAAGACAUCACAAACCAUUAAUUGAAUUGUUAAAACUAUUUUUAUUUUAUUUUUAAUGUUUUAAUCUGUUU